AUGACGGCCGUGGCGUCUCCUCCUAGUCAACAUCCUCUACCGCGCUGGCAUUCCGAGAACAAUGGAGGAGAUACUCUUGAUUCUAUGACUGCAGAAGAGGUUCAUCGUUUGCUCAUAGCACCAAAGAAGGAACAGAGUCGGUCCGAUUCGGGAUAUACAAACGGGACUCCCAUCCUUGGGACGCCAAUUGAUGAUUUCCCUCAAAUCGACUCUGUUACAUCCAAUGAGCAAGGUGGCUGGGGGCCGAGAAAAAAAGCAGCCAAAUUCUGGCCCACGUCAAAGCCGGAAGUGGGGCCCAGAAUGCCUACGGCAGCAAACCAAGUGAUAACCACUCCUUCUUCGGGUCAAGCAGCCGCUUCAACCACAAACUCACUUCACCAGCAAUCACCACUGCCAUCUCCCAUACAAGCUCACAUGCAACCAAAUGGAGCCAGAUCAGACUACUCGUCAGCGCAGCGAAAUGAUCCAGCUGUCAUACUCGAACUACACCCUCUGACAGGGACCUUUGAACGGAAGAGAAUACAGAUACCAUAUUUCCCAGACGUGCAAAAGAUAGGUCGGCAGACUAACGCUAAAACACAGCCAGCGUCCAAUAAUGGAUACUUCGAUUCCAAAGUGUUGUCUCGACAACACGCGGAGGUGUGGGCGGAGAAAAGUGGCAAAGUUUUGAUAAGAGAUGUCAAGUCCUCCAACGGAACAUUUGUCAAUGGAACUCGACUCUCUCAAGAAAACAAGGAGUCAGAGCCUCAUGAACUUCGAGAAGGUGAUAUGCUGGAAUUAGGUAUUGACAUCGUGAGCGAAGACCAAAAGAGUAUCGUACAUCACAAAGUCUCGGCAAAAGUGGAACGUGCUGGACUGUACACCAACUCCCUGAACAUAUUAGACAUGAUGCCAAUGGAUCCAAAUACUGGCCAACCCAUAUUAAGUGACGCGACAAGUGGACAGUUAUCGCAGCUGAGAGUACGAGGUGGAAGUCAAGGUUCGAUCGGAAAUAAUAGCCAUAUAUCAGGGCAAAGCAAUAUGAUGGGCAACCCGAAUGUGCUUGGUGCACAUAAACAGAUGAAUAUGUGGAUGGAGCCAAUAACUGUCGAGAAGGUUGUCAAGAGAUUAACAGCCGAACUUCGACAAGCGAAGCAACAGUCACAUGAACUCCAUCGGACGGGUGAUUUCUUCACAACUUUACUAAAUCUAGAACCUGGACAAGAGCCACCCAAAUCACCAAGAAAAGAGUCCGAAGAACAGCGGCAAUCGCAGGCAAUAUCACAAUCUGCGCCAUGUGAAGCUCCAAUACCUUUCUCACAACCUCCAGCCCCACCUCCGUCCCAGCCACUUCCUGAAAAGCCUGACAGUACCCAUGCCGGUCUGACAGACGCCAUCAUGCAAUCCGGCAUCAAGAGGGUAGAAACAGAGAAACCGGCGAUAGGAUCCGGCUCACCGACGCGAUCGGAACCUCAAAAUAGCCAGAUUCUAUCGUUAUUGGAAACGUUGAAAUCCACAAAGCAGGAGCUUAGCUCGCAAAGUGAAAGAAUGAAAUAUUUGGAAAAUGCGUUGAAACGAGAGCGAAACGCUAGGGAAAAAGCAGAGAGAAGAGCACAAGCUUUAUCAGGCGACCAAAUGAUAGAUCUGAGACACGAUGGUGAUGGCAAAGUUGACGAAGAAGCUUUCGAACCGCCUCUCGACUCGGUUGAGCUCAUGGAACAAGACCUACCCAAUGGUCAUGUGGACGAAGAGAACCAUGCGCCCAAGAGACUACUCACGAGCCCGUCGAUGGAAACUCUCAAAGAUGCUGAUUCCUACGAACCCGAAACUCCCAAUAACGAAGCCACAAACCUCCAAGACCGCUACGAACUUCUUAAGCAAGAAUUUGACCAAGCAAAAACAAUGAUGGAGUCUUAUAAGCGCCGAGCAGAAGAUGCAGAACAGUCCCAGCGACGCUUCGCCGAGCUCGUCGAGAACAUACGAGCUGGCAACAACGACCACCAUAAGGCGACCUCCCCACCCGCUCUCACAAGCACAGACACAACCCUCAUCGGCAGCGACCACGCCGAUGACGCUCUCUCAAUGAGUCCAACUAUUACCCAAAACGGCCCCACUCGCGGCCUCUGGAGUCCACCUGGUAAGCAGCAUCAGCAAGACCUUCCAAACGGAAAUGUCCUACCGCCUGGCACGAGGAUACCGCCAGAGCUUGAGGCUUCUCUAUCACGAGUUCUGGAGCAGCAACAACAGCGGCAGCCACACGGUCCUGGCGAUGGCAAAUGGGUGCAAAGCGCGCCUUAUGUUUCCAUGGUCGGAGUGGUACUCAUAGGCGUGGGCAUCAUGACGUGGUUGAACGGGUGGCAGUCUGGUGGUGGCGGUGGAGGGGGUGGAGGCGGAAAGAUUAUUGAAUAG